AAAGAAAGUCGUCGUCACCAAGGCACACGUCCCUCCAAUGCUUCAGUCCUCCAAUGUUCAUCGGAGCAUAUACUACAUAAACCUCCUCCACUAUCCAAUUGUCGACUCUCUCUCUCACUCUCUCUCUCUCUCUCUCUUUGUGUCCUGUAACAUGGGAAAAAAGGAGAAUAAAAAAGAAAGUAAACUGAGCUGGUGCAUGAAGGCACCCAUUAGAAUCCUGAUAAAGCUGAGGGACCUCUACAUCCAAGGCAUGAAUGAAUGCUCCGGACGCCUGGACUACGGCAUGGCCAUGGGAUGCCCCACGCCACAAAUAUCCACUCUGCCAAAGAGCUUCAGCACCAACAGCGCCAGAUCCACCAACAAUGAAGAUUUCCGGGAGCUCAUGAGAGCUGCUUCUACGAGAAGCCAAGCCAAUAAAGCUCAAUGGGAUCUCCCUCAAAAACAGCAGCCUGCAAAGUCUCCGACGACUACACCGCCUAAUAAUUUCUCUCGGAGCCGUAGCGUUGGUUUCGGGAGGAUCGAUGAAGACAAGCCGUGCGAUUUUGGAGAAGAUGAUAUCAAGGUCAACACAGAUCAUGUAUAUCCAAGAAGCAGAAGCUACGCUGUCAAUAGGAGAACGAGGGUGUUUUAAGCAACAUUAUAUGGAAACGAGGUUGAAGAACAGGAAGCUUUCUUGUCCCUCGUUUUUAUCAUAUAUAUAUAGUUAAUUGUUUCUUUGUUUUUUGUUAUUUCGAUCUUGAAGUAAUUGUUUCUUUGUUUUUUGUUA